AUAUAAAUCUAUUGCGUGUGUAUGCGUGGCCGUGUACCCGUGUGUAAAUACUCAUUCAUACGCGAGUUUGUUCUAUUUACAUUGACCUAGGGAUCAGUAGCUGUCUGGGCGAUGCAAUCGGUGUCGAAAACCCGUGGCAGGUUUUAUCUAAAAAUCGCCAAUGAGUGGUUCGAAAAGCACGCUUGACAUAGUAUAUACAUAUCAGGGUCGGCAACAUAGUCAAUAUCAAUUGCGACACGACUGCAUGUACAAGCUAUGCGGGUCGAGAAUGGUGUUGACUGGCUGUGUGGGCGUGAUGAAAACAGUGUUGUCAAGAGGGAGGGGGUCUCCUACUACACCCGGACUGCUGCCUUCACUAUCUUUUGGUGGGUGGUCAGUGUGACAGUCAUAAUUGCGAACAAGUACAUCCUUUCCACGCUUGGAUUCCGCUUCCCGUUUUUCAUCACGUUUAUUGCCAAUUUGGUGAUUUUAAUCGGGGCCUUCCUUCUCACCAGAUUCAAGAUCGCCAAUGCAGACCCCGUCAGUCAGGAUCAACUAUGGCUCUUGCUGUAUCCUGCCGGGGCGCUCACCAGUCUUCAAAUCGGCCUGGACAAUCUGUCGCUGGUGUAUCUGAGCGUGUCGGUGCACGUAGUGUUCCAAUCGCUCACUCCGCUGGUACAGCUGCUGGUAGGCAUUCUGUGCGGCCUCGAGCACUGGCAACGCCAGACAGCUUUCGCACUUCUUGGUGCGGGGGUAGGUAUGGCGCUGUCCAUAUUUGGCGAAAGUGAAACCGGCGGGGGUGCCGGGUUGAGCUUUAUGGGUGUGGCUGCAGUGCUGGUGUCGAUGUUGACCUCGACACUUCGAUCGGUGAUGCAACAGGCCAUGGUACAGGGUGCCCAAGACUCCGGUGUAACCGCCGCCUCCAAUAAGAAUGGAACUCACAGACUCAAACGAAGACUGGCUGCGCUCACAGAGACUCGGCUGUCGCCGCUAACCGUGUUACUAUACAAGAGCCCCAUGUGCGUGGCCGUUUCAGGCGUGAUCUCACUGCUGUUCGAGUCUAGAGCGAUGUACAACUUCGACUAUUCGGAAACUCCGGGGGGUGCACUGAUUCUCUGCCUUAGUAUGUUGUCAUGCGGUGUGAAUGGAUCAAUUGGCACACGUUGA